GGGGAGUGUUUCGUGUUGAAUCAAUCUAUAAUAAUCUAUAAAAAUGCCCGCGGGGAAAAGCAAAGGCGGUGAAGUUUGACGUCAAGCGCGCCGUUUGUUUACACUUCCGUUUCGGGAAAUCGAACAUCAACGCUCUUCGCACUCUCAAGUUCCGCUCUCGAAUCCCACCAACUCUCUCCAUCCUCACCCCUUCAUCCUCUCGUCCACCGUAUUCUCGAACCAUCAUCCUCUAUCCAGAUUGCUGCACUCCUUUUGAACAUCAAUCGGCAUGGUUCGCCGCUCCGCCCGCCUCAGAGGCGGCACGCCAACCGAGGAAGCAAAGCCAUCACCCGCAACGGUUGCAAAGCUGUCUGCUCUUACGGAACGCGAUGAAACCCCCGAAGUUGGCUCGCAGCCCAACAUCGAGACAGUCAUGUCGACGCCGGCUACCAAGUCUGUCCAGGGGACGAUGUCUGCAUCCGCUACCAAGUCGCCGCUGACCAAGACUCCCACCACUGCCGGCGACGUCAAGCCACCGCGUGAAGAGAUGCAUCCGAGUAAAGCACGGCACAGCACGACCAAGCAACCAGACACUGGCCUCAUUUUGGGCUUCAAUCCUAUCAAACGCGAUGCGAACGGAAACGUGAUCAAGGACGGAAUCCUGGAGAGCACUCCCACCAAGGCGAGGUGUUCGCCGCGGAGCGACUUUGGCACGCCCGCAUACGAGUUCAAAUUCCCCCAGGACGCUCAGCUGAGCGAGGAAGCAAGAAAGCUCAUGGAAAACGUUCGCGAAGAUGUGGCUAGAAUCAAAGCAAAGAUGAUUCUCGACAAAGCGGAACAAGCUCGUGAGGAGAGCAAGGCAACAGACUCACAGAAUGCCAGGAAGAUUGCAAAGCCUAAGGGUAUGACUGGCCGUUUCAGCGAGGCUCAUAUGGCCGAAUUCAAGAAGAUGGACUCCAUUGCAGGUCAUCCGUCUGCUUUUAGAGCUACUCCAGGCCGUUUCCAGCCUGUUACAAAGCCUCUCAAGCGUAAGAGCUCGAAAGCCUGUCUGGAGGAGCGCUCCUCGCCUUCCAAAACUCCGACCACCCCAUCCCGCAUCGCAGAACUGGCCACAGCGAAGCGCAUCAAGAAGUCGGAGGGUGAUGAUGCCUCUACCGGCCGAUCUGAAAAGAAGGCGGACCAGCCCAAGAUAUCGCGGCCAUCGGCCAUUUCUCGUCCAAGGGCGUCUAUCCGCAGUUCCUUGAUGACACCAACCAAGGCCUCGUCAUUGCGCUCUGCAACUGCCAAACCAUCGAAGGUCUCCAUGCUGCCUGUGGCACGCUCGCCUCUCUCCAAGAUGACCACCAUCCCACGCACUCCUCAGACGGAGUUCAAUCCCAGAUUGAAGAGUAACCUGCCGAGUCUUGGUAACCUUAAGUCGAUUCUACGUCGUCAUCAACCCUUGUUCUCCAACGACCCGGUGAAGAUCGCAGCCGGCACGCACAUCGCCUCUCCCGAUUUCAAUCCGGAUAUUCAGCUGGAUAAACUGUCGUCGGUGAAUUUCAUCGAUCCCGCCCAGACGCCUUCUCCGAAGAAGAGGGUUGAGUUCAGCCCAAGCACCAAGUCUCGUUACGAAUUUGCCCUAGCGUCUCCUUCACCAUCCAAGAUCCCGGCACCCUCCACCAACACCCUCGAGUCUGACGUCGUCUAUCCAACUCUGCCGCUCCAGACUCCCGAGAAGGAGAAGAGCGAACCUAGACAGAACAACGACAAAUCGAAGACUCCUGCUAUCCGUCUUGUUCGAGAAUCUGCCCUUCCAGCUGCCCCAGAGAGCCCGUUUCCCAACAUGCCUGCUGUUCCACAUGGCAUCAACAAUAAAAAGCGCCACCGGGAUAACGAAGAUGAUAAGGACGCGGAGCCGGAGAAGAACGAAUCCAAAGAGGACAGCGACAAGCCGAAGACCCCUGCCAUUCGUCGUGUUGGAAGAUCCGCUGCGCCGCCAAGUCCGUUCCCCAACAUGCCUGCUGUUCCGCAUGGUAUCAACAAUAAGAAGCGCCACCGGGACAGCACAGAUGAGAAGGACGUGGAGAAUAUCCCACCAGAAGCGAAUGACGAACGAAGCAGCAAACGUCAGAAGAUGAGCUCUACUCCCGUGGCCAAGGUUGCGACCCCUAGCCCUCUGAAGAAGCAGCCUAUCAAGAGUGCGACUCCCAGCCGCAUCCUCCAGAAAAAGCAGGCGACUCCUGCUAGUGCUCGAGACAGGGGCAAACGAAUCCUGAGUUUGAGUCGUCUGAACAUGCUCGCCAAGCCAAAGCAGCGCACCUAAAUCUCUACCUACGACUCAUGUCGGAAAGUCACUUUCUCGACGAAAAUUGUACCAACACUCCGGGCUCCCAUCUAUCGGAGCCAAGGACUCGGGGCCCGGGGAACAACAGCCUGGUGAGCUUCUGCUCAGUAUUGGUUCCUAAAUGUCACCGCAAAACUCGGGUGUAUUUCUCAACUCACCCCUUACGCCUUUCAU